AUGACAGCAGAGAUAUGUCAGAAAAGUUGUCAGCGUUUAGAGCUGUAGCAAUAAAUGUCGUUUUUAAAAUAUAUGUCUUAAUUUCAUAAAACAAACACUUAUUAAUGAUAUAUGUGUAACAAUCAGUACUAAUUGUUAAAUCAGGAAAACAUCAGAUGAUUUUAUUAAAAUGACACAAGAAGAGCAAAAAGAAGUAACGGUCACAGAAAUAAGAGAAGAUAUUGUCCAAACAGCAGUAAAAUUUUUACAAAACCCUAAUGUUCAAAGAAGUGCCAUAACCCAGAAACAGCAAUUUCUGAGGUCUAAAGGUCUUUCAGAAGAUGAAAUCCAAGCUGCUUGUGAAAGAGCUGGAGCUUUUAAUAUAUUACCAACAAUUCCACCAAAUCCAUCACCAAUUACUACAAUUUCAGCAGGACAAUCAAGGUUGUCAAAAAUUAGAGAUAUUUUAGGCAGCCUGGCUUUGUUUGGUAGUUUAGCAUAUGCAAUUUACAUGCUUUAUAAGAGGUUUAUUGAGCCAUACUUAUUUGUAAAAAGUCCCAAAAAGCGUAAAACUGUGGAAGAAAAUAUUAAUGAACUGGCAGAAGUUGUGCAUAAUAAUAUAAAAGAAAUGAAAGAAAACGUAUCACAAAUUAAAUUAGAUGUAUCGAAAAUUAGCCAACCAGAUAACUAUACCUUUAAUCAACAGAUAAUAGAUAUUAAAUCUGAGAUUGGUUCAUUAAAAAGUUUAUUAUUGAGCAGGAAACAGUUUCCUUCUAUUUCUACUGUUGUGCCCCCAUCUAUACCUGCAUGGCAAUUAACAUCAGCUCAGCAAACGCACACUGAUCAUGAUAUUGCUAAUGAUAAUGAUUGCCAUAAGGCUGAAGAUUUGUUAGAUAGCGGUUCAGGUUCUGGAUCAAGCGAAACCGAUGUUGUAACCAAAAACAGUGAUAGCAGUCUCGAAAUUAUAUCAUGAGUUCAAAUGAAUGAUUCAAUAUCCUGAACUGAAUCAAGUUAUCAAAAAUCAAGAUCCCAAAGGUCACAGGUCGUAUUCAAUAUUUAAUGUUAAGUACC